AUGGUGCAUCCGACAUCGUUGAAUCACAAUUCAUUCUUAUAUACAACAACUUUGGAAGAUUUGCCACAAUGCGCAUCAAAUUCGGAUUGUGGUCCGAAGCAAUUUUGCGACUACCUUGUUAACCUUAAACUUGAGAUAUCGGAUCGCACCAGUUGUUUCAAUAUUAAAAUCUGUAAAACCCGCGCCGAGUGUGAAAAUUUUGACUGCUUGGACGCUACCGACGAGGUUGACAGAUUCUGCGGAAUUCUCCAGUUUUUCCAGUUCAAUGAUGUUGCUCCCGCCAAUAAGCCAUCGGUCUCGUGCACUGAGGACAUGGAUUGUGCUCAUCUCAUCAAGGAGAUGGUUGGAGAAGGAGGCUCAUCCCAAAAUAAUUGA